GGAUGAUGGUGGAUGGGCGGAGCGACCAGGCAGGGACGACAAGCGCAGAGAGAUAAACCCACUCUGAGAUCACCGGGGUAGGGGAUAAAAAUAGUGGAAACCACCGUCCCGCUUUCACCGAGCAUUGUUUAUAUUUCACCACUUCUUCAAAGAGAGGGAGGCCAGCCCAGGAUGAACGGCGAUUCAGGUGCCGGAGUAGUGACGGCCCCCCCUCCCACCACAGCCCCCCACAAGGAGCGGUACUUCGACCGGGUGGACGAGAGCAGCCCGGAGUACCAGAGGGAGAGGAACAUGGCGCCCGACCUGCGGCAGGACUUCAACAUGAUGGAGCAGAGGAAGAGGGUCUCCAUGAUACUACAGAGCCCGGCAUUCUGCGAGGAGCUGGAGACGAUGAUCCAGGAUCAGCUGAAGAAGGGCAAGACGCCCACGAGCCUGUUGGCCCUGCAGCAGAUUGCAGACUUCAUGACCACCAGCAUGCCUUCCAUGUAUCCCGCUGCACCCCAGGGAGGCAUGGCAGCACUAAACAUGAGUUUGGGCAUGGUGACUCCCGUGAACGAUCUGCGCGGCUCAGACUCCAUCUCCUACGACAAGGGCGAGAAGCUGCUUCGCUGCAAGCUGGCUGCCUUUUAUCGGCUCGCUGACUUGUUUGGCUGGUCCGAACUCAUCUACAAUCACCUCACAGUCAGGGUGAAUUCAGACCAGGAGCGUUUCCUGAUUGUCCCUUUUGGGCUCCUGUACAGUGAAGUCACUGCCUCCAGUCUGGUGAAAAUAAACCUUCAAGGUGAGAUAGUGGACCGGGGCAGCACCAACCUCGGAGUCAACCAGGCCGGCUUCACCCUCCACUCUGCCAUCUAUGCCGCACGGCCCGAUGUCAAGUGUAUCGUACAUAUACACACACCUGCGGGUGCUGCGGUGUCGGCCAUGAAAUGCGGCCUGUUGCCCAUCUCUCCUGAGGCACUGUCUCUGGGCGAGGUGGCCUACCAUGACUACCACGGCAUACUGGUGGAUGAGGAAGAGAGCACUCUUAUACAGAGGAACCUAGGGCCUAACAGCAAGGUGCUCAUCCUGAGAAACCAUGGGCUGGUGUCUGUAGGUGAAACAGUGGAGGAAGCUUUCUAUUACAUCCACAAUUUGGUCACUGCCUGUGAGAUCCAGGUGCGCACACUGGCCAGCGCUGGAGGGCCAGAUAAUCUGGUGAUGCUGGACCCGGGGAAAUACAAAUCACGUCCAAGGGUCCCUGAGCCAGUUGGCGACGGGUCCUCUACACACCCCAAGUGGCAAGUCGGGGAGCAGGAGUAUGAGGCUCUCAUGAGAAUGCUCGACAACUUGGGCUACAGGACAGGCUAUCCUUACCGCUGCCCGGCAUUGCGAGACAAAGGUAAAAAGUACAGUGACGUGGAGAUCGCUCCCUCCGCCCACGGUGGUUACUCAUACGGGGAGGACAGCGACUCAGGCGCUCGCUCCCCGCUGAAACACAGCUUCCAGCGCGGCCAGCGCGACAAGACCCGCUGGCUCAAUGCCGGCGGCCGGCCCGACGAGCCCUACGAGGACGGGCCCGACGGCAGCAGCCCCAAGUCGAAGCCUAAGUGGACAAAGGAAGACGGCCUCCGCCAGGCUGCAGUAGCCAAUCAGUUCAUCCCAUUGAACACCAACCCAAAGGAAGUCCUGGAAAUGAGGAAUAAGAUCCGGGAGCAGAACCUGCAGGACAUAAAGACAGCAGGACCCCAGUCUCAGGUCCUGUGUGCCGGGACCGUGGUAGAACGCACCUUUACCCAGGGGGAGCUUGUGACCGCGUCCAAGGCCAUCAUCGAGAAGGAGUACCAGCCCAAGGUCAUCGUCAGCAAGCAGGGUCCCAAUCCCUUCACCAAACUCACGGACCAGGAGCUGGAGGAGUACCGCAGAGAGGUGGAGCAGAAACAGAAAGGGCCUGAAGUGCAGGGGCGAGACGCUAGUAGGGAGGGAUCAGCCUCCAGCUCAUCCUGUCCUGAGCCUGAAACACAACUGAGAGGUCAAGCCUCUGUCUCCACACCUCUACGGUCGUCUGCAGCCGACUCUCCCGACUUAGAGAGAGUCCCGCCCACAGCACCCACACCCGCAACACCAGCCUCCGAGCAGGGCUCCCCUUCCCUCAGCCUCUCCACCGGGGCUGAGCCAGCUCAGGGCGGUGCUGACUCUGCGGGGACGCUAGCGGACGAGGUUUUUUCGACCGUGGACGAGGUUUUUUCAGCUCCGGAUUCCCCGCAUAAGGAGUUCCACUGCGCUGUGCUGCGAGCCCUCAGCAAGGAGUCAUCAGUGUUAGAGGCAGCUAAGGCAGAUCAGGCUCCAGACGCAGAGCAGCUAGGGGAGCUUGAGGAAGAGCCCAAAGGCCAGAAACCCACCUCCACACCCCCCAGCACCCCGGUCAGAGCAGAGGAAGAGUCCCUACCUGAACAAACCUAUAAGGACGAGAGCGAUGCAGCCACCCUGAGACAGACCCUUCCAGAUUUAACACCCGACGACCCCUCCGACGCCCCAGCACUUCCGCCGAAGACUCCUGCCUCUGCCCCCGCCGUCGCUGCAGACACAGCCGAGGGGGAGGACGCCGCCGAUGCCGCCGACCAGGAGGGCGACGAGUCUCCCAGCAAAUCACCCUCUAAAAAGAAAAAGAAGUUCCGCACUCCUUCCUUCCUAAAGAAAAACAAAAAAAAGACAGAGUCCUAGAGUGGAGAAUGUUGGAUCGGUCCUCAAGGCUGGCCUCUGCCUCUUUUUCAAUUUUAUUUUUUGCUUUUUGUCAGCUAUCAUUGCACCCCCUCGAGCAAGCCACAGUUACACACAGUUACGCUUUUUGUUGUUUUGAUAUCAUUUGUCGCUGGCUUAUUAACCUAUUUUCCCUCGUUAGCGUGUGCCAAUUUUGUAUACAGGUGUAAAAAUGAUUGCAUAAAGGUUUUUAAUUAUUAGAGGCUUUUAGUUGUGAGUGAGUGAUGCAUUCAGUCCUGUCCACUCCAUCUGGCCUUUUAUGCAUGUCUAUUACUACAGGCCCACACACCUGAUGUGAGGUUUUAAGGGUUUAUCACCCUCAUUUUUUUUUAGAAAAAUAAAGAGUAUUACUAAACUGUUGUAACCACUAGAAUGUAUUGGGAUUGUAUCAAAAUGUCAAAGUGUCUUUUAAAAUACAGUGAAUGCAGAAAGAGAAGCUUGUACCCUCUCAUUUAACUGGUGGUAAAUUUUGACAGUAAGAACUACAAAUUGCAUAGUGCUAAUUUUACCUCUUAAGCUGUGUACCCAUGUAAUUACAUGUUAGCAGGCCAGGAGAAACUACAGUUGGGGAUAUUCUCAGUGGAUUAUUUACCCAUGGAAAAAGCGGUCAUACAGAGUCCAUAUUAAUGUGUCUAUAACCUGAUACUUGGAUCAAAUCAUCUACAUUCAAACGUAAUCACAUCAGAGGUUUGGUGACUUUUUAAAGCUCAGAAAUCUUUUACCCACAAUAAGCAUUUGACACAGCCUUAACUUGCAGGUAUUUUGUAUAGUGCUUUAGGUCUUGGUAUGAUGUGGAAAUUUGGUUUUCAUAUUUCACAAACCAGAUUCAUUACAAAUCGCCCGUCUGCAGUGCUGCAGUCCUGCAGUCCUGCAGAUUUGUUUGAGCGUAGUGAUAUUGAGCAUGGCUCACAGCAGAGUGUGAGUCAUCUCCCCGGAAGUGUAAGCGAGCGUUGUUCUUGCAGAUGAUCUCCAGGAGCUGAUGAUGUAUUUUACUACUGGCUUUAAGUCUUUAGUAUGAAGGAAUGUGUAAAAAAAAAAAAAAAAAUUUGCAAAUUUUUAGUUUGUGUUGAUCAUUUAUUGUAAUUAUUGGUUCUUGGCUUUGUUUUGUAUUUGCCCCUUGAUUUCUCUCUGUCUGUGAAAGACAGAAACAGGCAGGUAUGCUAUGUAUUGUGUGAGAUGACAUAUUUCAUUUUGUUCUGGAGUAUGUCUUUUUUUUUUCUUCUUUUUCUUUUUUUUUUUAACUCCUUGCGCUUUUUCUCACAAACUAGAUUGAGCCAUGACGACUUGCUGUGAGAGAGCACUGUGAACCUCCUCUUUUAUAAACCACUGUCUGGGUACUCAUACCACACAUUGCUUUUAGAAAGUCACAGUCUGUCAUAGAAGUAGAUACAGUUGUUAGGGAACAUGUGAAUGACAAUGUCACUUGUUUGCGAAGCUGCAUGAUCAAUCAUAUUUCAGAACCCUCGACCUGGACUUUUCCUGUGUAAAACCCCGCUCUGAGCAAACAGACUUUGUCACUGAAUACCUGUGUGUUUCCAGUUGCAGUAAAGACACGGUGUACACUGGAGAAGCGAUUCCAUUUUUUUUUCUUUUUGUUGCUGAUGUGUAAUCAUUGGUUUGAUUGCAAUUGAGCUGUGCUUGAGGUUGCAGGGCAUUAAUACCAAGGCCAUCUCCAUGCGUUGCUCCCUAACUUGUGUUUAUUCAUCCUGUUUUAGUGAAGGGUUAGUCAUCAGUCUGUCUAACUCACGGUGAACCAAAAGGCAACACUACCAGGAAGCUUCGCCUAAUCAGAGAUGUUUAAAGACCUAGGCCUUUGUUCACUGCAGGUUGGUUUACCUACAGCGCUGCAUAUAAGCUGAGAAUGUCUAACUCCUGAAGGACUGCAUGUGUAGAGUUCUUAGAGCGUGUACUGUCCUUUAAAUGACUGUAACUACCCCUUUUAUUUGAUUUCUAUUUUACUUUAGCUUUAGUGUGCUGAUAAUAAUACUAAAGUCCUUGUAUUCAUGGUUUUUACUCAAGUCAACCAUGCAUUUAUUUUUUUUUUAAUCCCACAGCUAUGCUGAUUUGUAUUCUCUGUCUGAACUACUUCCAAUUUAAAUGUGUCUCAUCAUUAUACCAUCUACAGACUUAAUACUUCCACCUCUCUUUUCUCAUGGUUCUGCCUCUGUUACAACCAUGAAUAAAAAAAACACUACCUUGAAAAUCA